GCUGCCUGUCGAAACACUGUGUGCUUUCAGUACAAUAUGAUCAUGUUCUAUCGACGACUUGGGUAUGCCGAUAUCUCGAUACAAUGCAUCGACAUUUUCUAACCUCAACUUGCAAGAGUUGUAUUAAGAUAUUCAUCCCUAAUAUGGGAAAGAGGACAAAGAUAGAACGUUUGUUGAAUACAUAAUUAGGGCUUUUCUUGAAGGUGGUGAUUGUAUGCAUGUGUGGAUAUAAAUUUUGUGGGCAGUUUUCAGGAGUGGUCAGCUGCUCGCAAGAAAGUAGCUGCGAGGCUUGCGGCAGACGACAGUAUUAUGGCAGAUAGUGGCAAGGGACCUUACAGCAAAGAAGAACUUAAAAAGCGUUUGACACCAAUGCAGUAUUAUGUUACUCAAGAAAAAGGAACAGAAAGGGCAUUUACGGGCAAGUACAAUAAAACUACAGAUGCUGGAACAUACAGCUGUGUUGUUUGCAAUGAGGACCUAUUUUCAUCAGAUACAAAAUUUGAAUCUGGCUGUGGGUGGCCAGCAUUUAAUGAUGUUAUAAACCAAGGCAAAGUUAAGCUUACUAAGGACACAUCUCAUGUUGGGGGCAACCUUCUGUUAUUGGUCGCAAACCCAGGCAUGGUGCGUACUGAGGUGACCUGUGCCAACUGUGGAGCUCAUCUGGGCCAUGUGUUCAACGAUGGACCAAAGCCCACGGGAAGAAGAUUCUGCAUCAACAGUGCUGCACUUAAUUUUCGACCACUGCAUCAACCAGAGCAGUGAGCUUUGUCUUUCAGCAUAGGACAGAAGAUGUUUAAAAACCUUAUUUCAGCAUUUGAGUGAUAAGAAAAUGAAUUUUGAUUAUGUCUGUGCAGGCACUAGUAUGCUUUUGAAAUUGAUUUCAUUGGUUUCACUGUUGACAUGAAUUGAUGUAAAUGUAACUGAAACAGUGAAUAUUCUUUAUAGUAAAUUAUUGGUAAUGUGAAUCUCUAACCUACUGUUCAUUUGACAUUUAUUUUGUAUGGCAUUUGACACAGGCUUUGGUGUUGUGAAUGUUUUACAGUAUUUUUGGAGCAUAUAUUUUGGAUGUCUUAUUACAUAUGCAAUUGAUGUUUUAAGUGCCUGGCGCUUUGUUACCUGUGACUUUGCGGAAAGUGCACAUUUUUUAUUCGAAGGUUGGUUGCAGAAAAUCUUGUAUUGUGCAGGAAAGUCUUUUUCCAAACCUAUUGCCUUUGUGCAGUAGUACUGCAAAUAAGUACAAACAGACGUAACCUUAUUGAGAUAUUGCAAACACCUUUCUCAAAGUAAAAUGUUAAUCUUGGAACAGUUAUUUUCAUUGCCUUAUGUGUCAGUUACUAUAUUUUCUGAAGGAAUUAAUGUUAUUUUUAUUAUGAUUUUCUUCUGAAAUCAGAUCUUGACACUGUGUACUGAUCAAACUGUUUUUCACUGUGAUAUAACCAGAGUUAAGAGGCCUAUUUUAGAUAGCUCAUGGUAAGCAAAUGAUUCCAUUUUUGUUUUCGAAUAAAAUUGCUCUCAAAGAUAAGUGGUUUGACUGCUGUUGAUAUAAAGAAAGAAAUAUAUAUACAUGGUUCUUACGCUGUAACUGUUAACUCCGUUAACUGUGUUGUCAAUACACCAUUAAUUAAAGAGUGUGCAUUACGUAUGGAAAAGGUUGUUCUGUGAUCUUACUCAGUUGUGACUGUAGUGCGAACCAUAAUAAACUUAAGUGACUUUUACUUUGUUGUAUAUGUUACUAGCUGAUCUCUUACUGGGCAUGCUCAGUGUUUGAUAGGAUAAUGUGUAACUGCAUAUCCCGUAACCCUUACAUAAAUACACACACGGCUCCAUUAGUGUUCCACUAAUCUUAGUUUAGCAUAAUUUUUGUUGUUUUGCUUGAUUUGCUUCAUUUUCCUAGCAUUUGCUAUGCUUUGUAUUUUCAUUGUGCAGAAUUUUUCAUUCAAUAUUUGAUUCUUUUUUUGCUUCAUCUAAAAUAUUCUUGACACUUUCUUACAUAGUUUAAUUCCUGCAUUGUGUGAUAAUAUCUUAUUUGUAUGUACUGUUUGGUUCCUUUUUAUAAGCUUGACAGUACGGUAUUAUUUUCUUGUCCAACAUCCUCUUUUCAUCUCUCAGUUUUUGUAUGUCAUUUCUGUCCAGUUUCUUAAGAAAAUCUUAAUAGUGCAGUGAACUUCAAGAGAAAUGUAAACAGAUAUUAGUAGUGCAUUCUGUAAAAAAUGUGUUGACUGUAUUUAUUAAUUAUGUCUUUUUUUACAUGAGGUGUUUGACAAGCACAUGCUGUAAUACAUUAAGGGAGCAAACACUGUUUUUCCCUUCCCCUACCAGUAUGGGUAACCAGUCUGUGAUCUAAGUGUCUUUCCAUCAGAUAUUUUAUUUACUGCACUUUUUCUUGCAAUUCCUAAGUGAAAUGUUAAGUGCUUCAUACUUCUUAAACUAUUAUAUAAUUUUUCACCUUUCGUUUAUUUAUGAGCAUCAUAACACAAUUUUUCCAUGUAUGUUUUAUUGGCUACCAUUCAACAUAUCAAUCAGUCAGCAAUGGCUAGAACUCCUAUUUCUCCCAGAAGUGAAACAUGCUGGAUAUUUUCAUGGCUAUAAUUUUUUUUGGAAAUGGGCAUUAAAUGUAAUUGCCAUGUAUGCUCUUGUGUGAAAUCACUGCCAUGUGACACUUCAAUGUAAUAAAUAUCAAAGUAAAUCUGACUGAGCUUUGCGGCUUGACAGGGGAGUAAUUAUGCUUAGUACCUGCAAAAAACUGUUUUCUGUAUGGCUAUAAACCAUUAUGCUAGAUUCACACUUACUGAGUGUAUAUAUUUGGAUAAUGUAAAGAAAUGAUGUAUUUUGAAGCCUCUAUCAUCAAAUGAAGGAAAAUGUUUGCAUUGCUACAGCAAUUGAGCAUAUACAAGCACAUGGUUGAAUAGUCUGUAGUUAAUAUUGUCAUUUUUAUAUGGAGAUUACUUAGUCUUUUAUUUUAAGUUUCUUGCAGCAAACUUCGUGUUUUUGCUAUAUAAUAUAUGGAUGGUUAACAGCUGUUGGGGCAUAAUCCACAUUUAUAUGGAGAUGAGAUAUUUACUUCCAGAGUUUCAGCCUUACAGAAAAAUCAAUAUGGGUGAUAAUAAACGUUCUUUCUUUUAGUGCAAAAAUAAAAGAAUCUCAAAUGUUCCACUAUUUUUGUUUUUACAUAAAUGGAACUAUUUAAACCAUUUUAAUAAUAACUGCUAAAGGUUAGAUAUGUUUUGUCCUAUAAAACUUCUUGAACAACAUUUUUUUGCAGUUGGCAAGUCACUAACACACUUUACAGGAAACAAAAUUGAUUUAUUCAGAUCCAUCUAUGUGGUCACCAUAAUGUUGUUUUCAGCUAUAAGUUUUUAUAAAUCAAUCAUGGUGUAUUGGAGGUAUACACUGAAGAGAUAUCGAACAUCAUCUUUUCUUUCACAGUAACUCUGCUUUCUCAGUAAAGCAAUGGUAUAGAAUCCGUUUGAGUGCUUAGUGGUUUUUCUUUACUAGACUUCACAAAUUUACACCUAUGAAUGGAGAAACUUCCUUCAAAUUAUAUGCAGUAAAAAGGCUCUUUAGUUAAUCCUUUUACAGCUUUAGUCAACCAAUACCGAGACAGUUUAUUUUGUCUGCAUUUACUGAUAUAUUCUUUCUGUUUCUGAUAAGUGCUCUACUCACUUUGUUGAGCACAAAGUGUGGUUUCUGUGUCAUAGAUAUGCAGUCAUGUGGAUUGAAUAUAUGUUGGCUGUGAAUAUUUUCUCUUCAUAUUACACCAAAAUCUGUUACGUAAGUUGACACCAUGGCUAGGAGGCAAAUGAUAGUAGCAGUGACACUUUUCUGUCUCUUAUAUUCCCUCCACAUGAACUGCUGUACAAAUUAUUGUGUGUCCUGCAUUUCUAACUUCAUCAAGAAUGUCAAGUUAUAUACUCAGAACGGACAUUUAUAGUAAGCCAUACCUAUUGUUAGCACUGGGGAUGGCAAAGUUUCCUGCAAGUCAAACACGAAUACUUGACAAAUACCAUUAAUUGAUUUUGCUUCCAGGACAUUCCUUUACUUUGCUUCCUAGACCUAUCCCGGUUUUGCUUCUUCAUUACGUCUGCUUGGAUACUAUUCUGCUAUUCAAGGUCUUCUUUUUAUGUGCUUUUUGACAGUAAAUUCUGUUAGCAAUCAUGUUUAUCAUGUUACUGACAAGUAUCAUGCACCAGGUGAUGGAAUUGCAGAACCUCUUACAAACAGUAUAAUCAACCCCCUUUUUCAUCUUAUAGGAGUUAAGUUCUUGUUGUGCUGAGGUGAUAAAUUUACUUUAGUGAAAAUCCUUUUUGUCUGUGACACUUUUAUUCGGUCUGUUCUGAAGAUAUUUUUCUUUGCGCAAUCCAUUUUGAAAUUGCUAGCAGAUAUUUGCUCUCAAUUUUCUCAUGUGAUACCUUACCACCACAGUUUUUAGGACAACUGCAGAAUUUUGUUGAACAAGAUUUAGCUGGAACAAGCUUACCAAUUGUCACUGUAUACAGUUCACCACUCUGAAACUUCAGUUCACAACUCUGAAACUUCAGUUCUCUCACAUACUUUUUCUAAAUGAUCAGAUUUGAUACUUGUUUGUCUCUCUUGUUUUUUCUAGGAUGAAUUACUUCAUCUUGUGAUGGUCUGCUGUCUCCUAAUGGGUCAUAAUCCCUGUCUGUCUCUGAAUAAUCAGUAUUGGUGUCACCAGAGUUCAAACUUGUAUCUGAAAAUACCAAACAUAACAUGAAAAAGCACACGCCAAACAUGCUUAAUCCAUAUAUUUAGUUACAUCUUAAUCUGGUUAUUGCAAGCAUAUGCAAUUUCCAAGUGUCAGGCUUGAACUGUACCUUUUGCAAAGUGUGGGCUCGUCUCCUCUUGGGUUUUCCCAACUCAUUGGUGGGACCCCCAGCUAGUUCAAUAUUCUCUUGCAUAGUAUCUCCCAUUUUACUUUAAAAUUCAGGAGUUUGUUGUAUGGGUUAGGCAUCAGUGAUGUACUAAGAGACAGUUGCAUUUUAGUUUCAGAACUGCUUCGUAAUGAACACAGAUCUCAGUGCCUUGUACAUCAUUAGGCAUUUCUGAUAGUGACAGAAUUGGCAUUUCCCCAUGAAGUUGCACAUUGAUGUCAUAAAUUGGAGUUUUGUGGGUUAGGUAUCUGUGGCUUUAGCUGUCCAUAUUUUAUAUCAAAGACUGUUGUGAAAAAUACUCAGAAAUACUUAGUUUUUAACAGAUCUCAGUGUUUAUUUUAGAAAAGAUGUUCCUUCCUCACAGAUAUUGAUACUUCUGAAAAUCCUGUAUUUUCUGAUACUGUAUUGUUAUGUACUUAAUAAAUUGAUUCAGAAAAUCAGAUUGCAGUUUAGCCCUCCCUGAGAAAAAAAUGCCUGUUUUAGCCCCAUAGGAUUAUAAGCAUUCAAGUUACGUUGACAUUAGGGAGUGAGACUAAGAAUUUUAAUGAAAUAAGUGAAUGUUUACAAAUACUAUGUUGCUUUCCAUGUCCAUUCCUCCUCCACCUCCUCUUCCUCCUCCUCCUCACAGUUUCUGAAGUUGAUUAUAGUCUUAUAACAAUGUUCCUGCCAGUUGAGUUUCUCUUUAAGUUUUGCUGUGCUAUUUUAAAGGCAUUUUUGAGAGGUACACAAAUAACUAAGAACUUUACGGUGCAGUGUAAAUUCUAGCUCUGACAAGUUAAUCAAUAUAAAUUUUAAUUUUGAUGUGCAUUUAUUAUUUGAAUACUGAUUCUGUUCUUCAUAAGUUGUACAGUUUGAUUUGAAACAUUUCUAAUGUAAGAUUUUAAAUAGAAUUAACAUGUACCAACAUUACUAUAAUUAAAAUUAUCUCUUAUACGAAAUAAAACUGCUUUCUGUGCAAGUUACACCUGUUAUAAGAAAACAAUAAGUUACUUCAGUUAAAAUAUUGUGCCUAAGAGAGUUUUUUGUGACUAAUUAUAUUAUGUGCUGUAAAUACAUGAGAGAACAAUAUCAGGAGCAAUGUUUUCCUUCUGCUUAUUUAAUUUAUGUAUAAAUCUAAAUGUGAAUUCAUUUUUUCCUGUUGUGUUAAUUGAUGUAUAACAUGUAGUGCAGAUUCUGAAAUGUUAACUCAGGAGAUAAUGACAUUCGUUUAAGUGGUGUUUUGCUUGUGUCAGUCUGUUUGCGAGGCACUAAAGAAAGUAACAUAUUUUUGUAAGAAUGAUGUACUACAAUUUUAACACAUAACAAACUAGUCAGUAAUGAGAUACAAGAAUUAUCUAAAUAAAAACUUUGUUACUAAA